AUGUCACGAGAAGAAGAAGAAGCAAAAGCUCCAAUUAAAUCAUCAAUUAUAAAUUAUGUUGAGAAUUUCAUCGAUAAACGUAAUAGAGAAUUACGAGCAUCAACAGGUGAUGAGAGUGAUACGUCAGCAACUCAUGAAGUGAAUAGAGAUUCAAUUGUUAUUAAUACAGGUGAUAAUGAAUAUCGACAUGAUAAAUUUAAAAAUGAUCGAUCAUCAUCGACUGAUAUUGAUGCUGAUGAUCUUAAUCUUGAUUCAGAUCCAAUCAUUGAAACACAAGAAGGUGGUGCACAAGUUUAUAAACAACAAGUUUAUUUACGUCAAUAUCAACCACCAACCCCUGAGCCUGUUGACAUUCAGGUUCAAGAAGUCUUUGUUAAACCUCAAGUACAACGACCACCUAUUCAUGUACAUGUUGGACUUAGUAAAAAUAGAGAUACACAACGUACUCCAUCGCCUAUUUUAAUUAAAACUGCUCCACCACAAGCACCACCGCCAUCUUCCGAAGAGCCUAUUAUUUAUAAUAAAUAUGUUCCAGUUGAUUUUAAACAACCACCACAACAAAUCAUCAUUCAUCGACAUGCUGAUUUGCCACCGAAACCACGUCCUAUUGUUGUUGAACAAUGGCUUCCAAACAAACCUGCACCAAAACGUAUUACCUAUCAUCAUGUCAAUCCUGAAGACUAUGUUCAAAGUGAAACUCAUCGACUACGUAAUCGUUUUAUUGAAUAUACAAAACCACAUACAACGAUUGAAGUUGAAAUUGUUCGUUUACCCGUAAUUAAAUUAAGACCAGAAGAAUAUCAUAAUCGAUCACCUGAACUUACAAAAAUUGAUGAAGUUCGUUCGAUGACACAAGAUCCCAAUACACUUAAUUGGCGAAUAUAA